AUGUUAAUUGGUUUAAUCAGUGAUGUAAAAUCUGAUUGUGUUUUGUCGUUAAAUCACGAUUUCGGGAGGCCGGGCCCAGUGUUCAUCAGGAAUGGACACUUUUUGGAGCCUGAUGUUGGAGGGAACUUCACAUUUGGAAGGUCUGAAACUGUACUAGUGGCCUGCCCGGGCGACAGACGAAGGGUGAUUUUAAACAACGAGACUAGCGGAUAUGACGUCAUAGAGGCUCACUGCAUCAUAAACUCCACAUUCCGGGUAGACAGAAAGAUCUUGGAGUUCAAAAACAUUCGAUGUAAUUCACAACCCUUCUUUACGACCGAGGAGACGAAUAAAACAUGUGCAAGGGAAAACAAACUUUAUGGAGUGGGUUACAAGAUAAAAAAUGUAUUUUAUCCGUUAUACUCAGCAUGCUUCGACAAAAACCUACUGCACACGCGUUACGUAGGUCAGCAGUUGUCUCCCAAAAGCAUUUACAUGCAGACAGGAUUAAAGAGGCCUGACUUUGUGGAAGGCGUUCUUUUCGGUAAGAUAAGGCUUUCCGCAAUUUACAAGCUGAAAAACCAGAAAACAAGACUAGAUGCUAUACUUGGGAACAACAUGGGAGACAAAUAUUUGAGCCAAAAUCAGGCACUAACCCGCGGUCACUUAGCGGCCCGUGCAGAUUACACCACUAGCGCAGAAACCAGAGCGACUUUCCAUUAUGUGAACACCGCCCCACAAUGGAGGAGGGGCAACGCUGGUGACUGGGCCGCAUUAGAAGAUGCCUUGAGACGCCGCGUCCAAUCUUACGGUUCUAAAGUCCUCGUGUUCACCGGCGCCCACGGGGUGAUGACUCUUCCUGACAAGCAGGGUCGUUUGAAAGAAAUUUAUCUCCAUACUGAUGAAAAUAACAAUGAACAACUGCCUGUGCCGAUGUAUUUUUACAAGCUUGUCUACGAUCCUAAGAAGAAAACUGCUGCUGCUUUCAUCUCUAUAAACUCAUCAUUUUAUAACAAAACAAUGAUAGACGAGUUGGAGUUUUGUGAUGAUAUUUGCGCGGGUAACAGGCAGUUCUCGUGGCUAAAAUGGCGUUCUAGCGAUGGGACACAUAGUUUCUGUUGCGAAUAUAAUCAGUUCGUAAAAGAAAUCGACUAUUUACCUAAGCUAAAUGUCCAAGGAUUGUUUUAUUAA